AAGUAUCUUUUGGUUGUUUUCCAGCUGAUACAAAAAAUUCAAAAUUUAGUAAAUUUCGGUAAUAAAAAUUAGAAGAACAAUUCUAUUAUUUGACAAAGAUUCGAUAAGGUUUUUUUUGCAGUAAAAGCAACUAAUCUAUUUUAGUUAUUUUUCAUAAUUAAUUUUAUACAAAUCUAUUGGCGUGCUUAUGUGCGUGGGAAGUUGACUCUCUUUCAUUUAGGUAUAGUUAUAAAGAAACUUGGAGGUUUCAAUAAUGUCAAAAGUGAUUUCGCAAGAUACUUUCGAUGAUAUUGUUAAGGAAAAUGUUGUGGAGUUUUCCAUGAGCCCUGAUGAAGCCAAAGAAGAAACCAUCAAGCAAUUUGAAGCUCAAGGUAUCAAUCUGGCCAAUAUUAUUAAAGAUUUAGAGAUUAACACCGAUAGUGGGAAGCCGGUACUCAACGAAGCAAUCGAGCAUCUUAAAUCUUAUGCAGAUGAUAAAUUUUCAAAUGACGAGCCAUUAUUGCAACAUCUAAACACAUUGCACGAAGAGUGUCAAAAGUCAAUACCGCAUCGGGUAUUAGCCUCGCAAAAUGGUGCACACUCUACGCUUUUGUCUUUACUUGAAGCUCGUAUAAAUAGCAAUGGUGAAAAUUCAAACACUGAUGUUUUGGAGGCUAUUCUAAAGUGCCUUAACAGUCUUACCAACAAGCAACCAGACAUUUUCAACGCUAAUGCUUUAGCUUUGGCAAGAUGUUUGCUGGAUACCAAUGUUAAUGAAUCCGUUAUUUGUUUGUGUUUACAAUGGCUACAAAAAGCUUGCGUUAUGCACGAAAUGAAUCGCCAAAAUAUAAUGAAUGCAAAUAUAGUGCAACAAUUAAAACGAUUCGUUAGUAAGGAAAAUGGAAAAAUAUUGCGUGAAGUUUUAGCUAUUUUCCGAUAUCUGACGCUUGACGACGACAUCCGUAUCGAGUUUGGUAGUGCUCAUGAACAUGCUUGUCAAAUUGCUAACGAAGUUGUUAAAGAUCUGACGGCUCUGCUUAAAGAGUUUGAAGACACCAAUGUUUUGGCUGACUCGCUUUUAACUAUCGGUUGUUUGGCAGUGCGUCAAGAAAUUUGUAUGAAUGUCGAUGAAGUAGGUGGUAUUAAAUUAGUAUUUCAAGUAAUGGCUAACAAUCUAAAUGUUGUGCGUUUAAAUCGUGAAGCUUUGAAAUUGUUACGUGCCUUAGCAGGCAAUGAUACUGUAAAAAAUCGCAUUGUGCAAGAAGGUGGAGCAACGUUACUCAAAGAAUUACUUCAAACGCAUAUAUCAAACGAGCAUGUUGUUUCGGCUGCUUUGGCGUGUAUAUCAACUUUGACGUUGCGAGUUAAAGAAAAUAGUAAAAUAUUUUUUGAAACUGGCAUAGCAGAGAUAAUUGUUGAAACCAUACGAACACAUCCGAAAAAUAAAAUAGUUCAGCGUAAUGGUGCUUGGGCGGUACGGAAUAUGGUAUCUCGUUCUCGUGAACAGUGCGAUAUUUGGCUUUCAUUUGGUAUAGAAGACUUAUUGAAUGUAGCUUUGAACGAGCAUCCCAGUGUGCAUCAAGAUAUAAAAGCAGCUUUGCGCGAUUUAGGUUGUAAUGUUGAAUUGAAAGAAGAGUGGACUGGUACAGCUGAAAAAAAAAUACUUAACUCGUAAUAUUUAUCCUUAUUAAAAGUGCGAACCUCUGAUAACAAGUGUAAUUUAGUAAAUUGCUUUGGUAAUCUGUUCGCUGCUUAGUAUAAAGCAGUAUAAAAAUAAGUUUGCUUUCAGAAGUGAUUAAUGAAAAAUAAUUUAUUAAAAUU